AUGGUUUUUCAUUGCUUAUGUUUCGACAGUUUCUAUAAUCGUUUUUUUCGUAUAUUUCUGUUUUUAUAUUUUCUCAUUCCCCUUCCCAUUUUUUUUAUUUCUUCCGUCUUUUUCCUCUUCUAUCUUUUUUCCAAUUUUUCUUCUCCUCAUACCACCUUUCUUCCAAUUUUCCUUCUCCUCAUACCGCCUUUCUUCCAAUUUUCCUUCUCCUCAUACCACCUUUCUUCCAAUUUUCCUUCUCCUCAUACCACCUUUCUUUCAAUUGUCCUUCUCCUCAUACCACCUUUCUUCCAAUUGUCCUUCUCCUCAUACCACCUUUCUUCCAAUUGUCUACUCCUCAUACCAACUUUCUUCCAAUUGCCCCUCUCCUCAUACCACCUUUCUUCCAAUUGUCCUUCUCCUCAUACCACCUUUCUUCCAAUUGUCCUUCUCCUCAUACCACCUUUCUUCCAAUUUUCCUUCUCCUCAUACCACCUUUCUUCCAAUUUUCCUCUCCUCAUACCACCUUUCUUCCAAUUUCCUUCUCCUCAUACCACCUUUCUUCCAAUUGUCCUUCUCCUCAUACCACCUUUCUUCCAAUUUUCCUUCUCCUCAUACCACCUUUCUUCCAAUUUUCCUUCUCCUCAUACCACCUUUCUUCCAAUUUUCCUUCUCCUCAUACCGCCUUUUCUUCCAAUUUUCCUUCUCUCCUCAUACCACCUUUCUUCCAAUUUUCCUUCUCUCAUACCACCUUUCUUUCAAUUGUCCUUCUCCUCAUACCACCUUUCUUCCAAUUGUCCUUCUCCUCAUACCACCUUUCUUCCAAUUGUCUACUCCCUCAUACCAACUUUCUUCCAAUUGCCCUCUCCUCAUACCACCUUUCUUCCAAUUGUCCUCUCCUCAUACCACCUUUCUUCCAAUUGUCCUUCUCCUCAUACCAACUUUCUUCCAAUUUUCCUUCUCCUCAUACCACCUUUCUUCCAAUUUUCCCUCUCCUCAUACCACCUUUCUUCCAAUUUUCCUUCUCAUACCACCUUUCUUCCAAUUGUCCUUCUCCUCAUACCACCUUUCUUCCAAUUUUCCUUCUCCUCAUACCACCUUUCUUCCAAUUUUCCUUCUCCUCAUACCACCUUUCUUCCAAUUUUCCUUCUCCUCAUACCACCUUUCUUCCAAUUUUCCUUCUCCUCAUACCACCUUUCUUCCAAUUUUCCUUCUCCUCAUACCACCUUUCUUUCAAUUGUCCUUCUCCUCAUACCACCUUUUCUUCCAAUUGUCCUUCUCCUCAUACCACCUUUCUUCCAAUUUUCCUUCUCCUCAUACCACCUUUCUUCCAAUUGUCCUUCUCCUCAUACCACCUUUCUUCCAAUUUUCCUUCUCCUCAUACCACCUUUCUUCCAAUUUUCCUUUCUCCUCAUACCACCUUUUCUUCCAAUUGUCCUUCUCCUCAUACCACCUUUCUUCCAAUUUUCCUUCUCUCAUACCACCUUUCUUCCAAUUUUCCUUCUCCUCAUACCACCUUUCUUCCAAUUGUCCAUCUCCUCAUACCACCUUUCUUCCAAUUGUCCUUCUCCUCAUACCACCUUUUCUUCCAAUUGUCCUUCUCCUCAUACCACCUUUCUUCCAAUUUUCCUUCUCCUCAUACCACCUUUCUUCCAAUUUUCCUUCUCCUCAUACCACCUUUUUCUUCCAAUUUUCCUUCUCCUCAUACCACCUUUCUUCCAAUUUUCCUUCUCCUCAUACCACCUUUUCUUCCAAUUGUCCUUCUCCUCAUACCACCUUUCUUCCAAUUUUCUUCUCCUCAUACCACCUUUCUUCCAAUUUUCCUUCUCCUCAUACCACCUUUUCUUCCAAUUUUCCUUCUCCUCAUACCAAUUGUCCUUUUUCUUCCAAUUUUCCUUCUCCUCAUACCACCUUUCUUCCAAUUUUCCUUCUCCUCAUACCACCUUUCUUCCAAUUUUCCUUCUCCUCAUACCACCUUUCUUCCAAUUGUCCUUCUCCUCAUACCACCUUUCUUCCAAUUGUCCUUCUCCUCAUACCACCUUUCUUCCAAUUUUCCUUCUCCUCAUACCACCUUUCUUCCAAUUGUCCUUCUCCUCAUACCACCUUUCUUCCAAUUUUCCUUCUCCUCAUACCACCUUUCUUCCAAUUGUCCUUCUCCUCAUACCACCUUUCUUCCAAUUUUCCUUCUCCUCAUACCACCUUUCUUCCAAUUGUCCUUCUCCUCAUACCACCUUUUCUUCCAAUUUUCCUUCUCCUCAUACCACCUUUCUUCCAAUUGUCCUUCUCCUCAUACCACCUUUCUUCCAAUUUUCCUUCUCCUCAUACCACCUUUUCUUCCAAUUUUCCCUCUCCUCAUACCACCUUUCUUCCAAUUGUCCUUCUCCUCAUACCACCUUUCUUCCAAUUGUCCUUCUCCUCAUACCACCUUUCUUCCAAUUUUCCCUCUCCUCAUACCACCUUUCUUCCAAUUUUCCUUCUCCUCAUACCACCUUUCUUCCAAUUGUCCUUCUCCUCAUACCACCUUUCUUCCAAUUGUCCUUCUCCUCCCAUACCACCUUUCUUCCAAUUUUCCUUCUCCUCAUACCACCUUUCUUCCAAUUGUCCUUCUCCUCAUACCACCUUUCUUCCAAUUGUCCUUCUCCUCAUACCACCUUUCUUCCAAUUUUCCCUCUCCUCAUACCACCUUUCUUCCAAUUUUCCUUCUCCUCAUACCACCUUUCUUCCAAUUUUCCCUCUCCUCAUACCGCCUUUCUUCCAAUUUUCCUUCUCCUCAUACCACCUUUCUUCCAAUUUUCCUUCUCAUCAUACCUCUUUUCUGUUCUUUCUUUAUUUUUCCUUAAUAUUUCCACAAUUUUUUAUCUUCUGUCUCUUCUUGUUAUAUUUCUUUCUUUCUUUUCUAUUCUCUCUUUCUUUUUUUUCCUUUUCGCCUUUUCUUUCUUUCUUGAAUCCUUUCUUUCUUUUUUUUCUUUCUUACAGAGUUUUGCUUUGCAUGUCCAUAGAGUAAUCCAUUCAUUUCUUUCUUUCUUUCUUUCUUUCUUUCUUUCUUUCUUUCUUUCUUUCUUUACCCUCCCUUCAUCCCAAUCUUUAUUCGCUUCUCUCUUUCUUUCUACUUUUCUUUCUUUCUUUAAUUCUUUUUUCUUUCUUACAGAGCUUUGCAUGUCCAUAGAGUUAGCCAUUCAUUUCUUCUUUCUUUCUUUCUUUCUUUCUUUCUUUCUUUCUUUCUUUCCUUUUUUCUUUCGUUCCUUCUUUCUUUUUUUUCUUUCUUUGUCUUCCCUUCAUCUCAAUCUUUUUUCGCUUCUCAUUGUCUUCCUUUCUUUCUUUAUUUCUUUGUUUGUUUGUUUGUUUCUUUCUUUCUUUCUUUCUUUCUUUCUUUCUUUCUUUGCCCUCCCUUCAUCCCAAUCUUUUUUCGCUUCUCUUUUUCAUUCUUUUUUCCUUUGUUUGUUUGUUUCUUUCUUUCUUUCUUUCCUUCUUUCUUUCUUUCUUUCUUUCUUUCUUUCUUUCUUUCUUUCUUUCUUACUUAGCACUUCUUUGUUAUCUUGUUUCUCAUUCUGUUACGUUCUCCUUUCUUUCUUUCUUUCUUUCUUUCUUUCUUUCUUUCUUUCUUUCUUUCUUCAUUAUGUUUGUCUUUCAUCUACCUCCUUCUUUCUUAUGUUUUUCUUCUUCUAUGUGCCCCUUUAA